AUGACAAAGAGAGACGAAUCAUCAACAAGCGCGCCGAAAGAGCAAGCAACCAACCGUCUAAACCAACUCUCAUCCCAUCUAUCGCCGAAACAAAAAACCGCCAACCUCCCAGCAGACCACUCAGACGUCCUAGGACAAAUCAAAGAGCUACGCAACAUAGCCGCAACCCCAGACCAGAAAAACAGAGGCUACAUUCGCCAAAAACAAGCAGGAAAACUAUGGGUACGCGAGCGAAUCGAAGCCCUGCUAGACAGCAACAGCUUUGCAGAGAUCGGCUCAGUAUCGGGCACAGUAACAUGGGCAAAGACAGCGCCUCGCCGCGAGAAACCCAUAGCAUUCAUACCGAGCAACAACGUGCAAGGCGCGGGCCUCCUGCGCGGCCGGAAGGUUCUCCUGACAGCUGAUGAUUUCAGUAUCCGGUCCGGUCAUGCCGAUGGUGCGAGUACCGGCAAGACGGUGUACGUUGAGAAACUUGCAAUUGCGCUGCGCAUCCCUGUGAUCAAGCUUGUUGAUGGGAGUUCCGGGGGUGGGAGUGUGACUACUAUCAAGAAGGAGGGGUGGAGUUAUUUGCCCCAUGUUGCGUCUUUUCCGUUUGUUGUGCAGCAGUUGAAUAUGGGGAUCCCGAAUUUGGGGGCUGUUGUUGGUCCUGCGAUUGGACUCGGUGCUGCGAGAGUUGUGUCUUGUCAUUUCUCUGUGAUGGCUGCUGAUAUCGGUGCUCUAUUCAAUGCCGGACCUAAAGUCGUCGAGGGCGCGACCUUUGAGGAAGGUCUGGAUUUCCAAGAUCUUGGUGGGCCAAUGGUCCAUUGUAUGAAUGGUACCAUUGACAACCUCGCUGCCAACGAGGCAGAAUGCUAUGAGCAAUUACGGAUCGUCUUGGGCUAUCUCCCUAACUCGGGUAGCGAGGCACCUCCAGUCAUUCCCUGCACAGAUCCAGAAGACCGGGAGGAUAUUGCACUGCGGAGUAUCAUCCCCCGACGUCAAGCUCGCAUGUACAAUGCCCGGUCGAUCAUCACAUCGGUCGUUGAUCAAGGUUCUUGGUUCGAGAUCGGCGCGCUCUGGGGCCGGACUGCCAUUGGCGGACUUGCACGUCUGGGCGGACGUCCUGUGGGCAUUAUCUCGCUGAACUGUGAAGUUAAUGGUGGUGCAUUGGAUGCGGCAGGGAGCCAGAAGCUCACUCGGCUGCUUAAGCUGUGUGAUGUGAUGAACUUGCCUAUUUUGCAGUUCCUUGAUGUCCCUGGAUACGCUAUUGGGACUGUUGCAGAGCGUACGGCCACUAUGCGCUGGGGCGUUGAACUCGCCAAGGCGUAUUUCAGCACUACUGUACCGGUAUUCAAUGUGGUUACGCGACGUGUGUUUGGUGUUGCUGGCGGUGUUAUGCUUGGAUGUCGCGAUCCUGUCAUGCAAGUUGCGUGGCCCUCUGGGCAGUGGGGUUCGUUGCCACUGGAUGGUGGUAUUGAGGUUGGCCAUAGACAUGAAUUGAGAGAAGCCGAGAAAGUCGGCAAGAAGGAAGAACGAUACAAUGAGUUGGAAGAGGAGUAUCUGCGCCUUAUGAACCCUGUGCGCACGGCGAAUGCAUUUGGGAUUGAAGAGAUUAUUGAUCCGAAAGACACGCGCAAGGUCUGUUGUUCCUGGGCAGAGCAUGUCUAUGAUGUGCUUCUUCGAGAGAGAUUGGGAGAUCGGGCUUCUGGGAAGAUUUCACCUACAUUUGCUUGA